AUGCACGAGUCCGUUGACGGCGCUGCGCUCGAGGCCAAGAUAUGCGAGGAGUCGGCGGACGAGGUGUUCGUGCUGGAGCGGAAGCAGCACAGCCUGCGCUACCGGCGCAGCUUCUUCGUGCGCAUGGUGUCCGACCCGAAGCUGUACAACCCCAAGAUCGUGCGCGCCCUGUCCGGCUCGACGAGCAGCGAGCCGCAUCCGCGGGGCCAGCCCAGCGAGUCGCCCCCGGCCGAGUCGCCCACGUACACGGGCGAGGUGGUCGCCCCGCUCUAGGCGCCGCCGCCGCCCAUGCCGCCGGCGCACCAGCACGCGUGCAGCGACCACCGCGAGCGUCUUCGCACGAGCAACUCCGCCGGGAACGCGUGCCACUGUCGUUCGCUGUGCUCGGAACAGCUGCCCGAGUAGAGAGAGAGAGCCUGUUACCCGAAGGGGAUCGAGUGAGCGUAACGGGGGAGGGGGAGGCACGUUAUGCGCUGCUACAAGUAUGUGUGCUCCAUUAGAGAGUUUUAGAUUAGAGGACCCAAGCGACUUGCGUACCCAAGAACUAGGGGCCACGGUACUGCGCACGCGCAGACACCUCCGUCUUGGUCUGCGCAUGCGCAGUACCGUCGCCCCUAGUCCUUGCGUACGCAAACCCCUUGCGCCCCCUAACCUAGAACUCUCCAUUGUCUGCGCGUCUUACCGUCUGCGAAAUGCUGGACAGGUUGACGGGUGCAACCACUGAUCAGAUCGGUGGGUACAACUGGGGAGCACUGCAGCUGCUCUGGUGAGGACAUCUUGCAAAGCUGUGUUCAACCUCGACACGCUUGAAGUGGAUUGCCUGAGUGUUCUCGUUGAAGUGAAAAGAGCCAAUUCGUAUACAUACAUGCGCGGAUAUUACGUUCUGCCGACGACUUUAUGUCAGCAGACAAGCGAAACGGAGUCGGUCGCGGCAGUAGUAAUUAUGCAUGCUCUGGUUGAAUUCAGCGACCCAACGUGUCGCCAUCAGUGGGCCAUGGUUGCGUCUACGUUCCCGGUAUUUGCAAACGGUAAUACGUAUACGAACGGACAAAAUUUAGAGCGUUUCAGCGCAUCGCAGGCAUAUUGUCGUAAACGUGAAGGCACGUGAAGGCAUGGACGCGAACAAGAGCAAGGUGCGGCGUCUUGUGACGACUGAAUGCAUUCCACUUAUCCGCAGAAAAAAACAUAUCGGCAGCGAAAGGCUUAUCAUCGCGAAUCUAUUUUUGUACAUUAUUUUUUUCGGAGAGAAGAUCGAUGGGACGAGAGAAAGUUUUCCAAUGCGUUUUGGUUCAUCACGGUGUCGCAUAAUGCCGUGAUCUACCAAACGCUCAUGUCUACGUUAGCGCGGCUUCGCGAUGCUGAAGUUGCUAUCUCUGAGCUCCCGCAUUCGCAAAAAUUAUCUUCUUUAAGCGGCUUCUGCGAUUGGCCGUCAGCGCGGUGGUCGUUUCAUUAUUAUCACGACGAUCGCUAUCACGAACAGCGAGUGCCGGAACGCUGGCAAAUGAGGAAGCUCCCUUACAUAAGAGAAGCUUUGCGAAUACGGGCCCCAAAUUGGCGAUAUGCGCUAUGAUCCUUCUAUGCCCCAGCGCGUAAGGGCUACAGGGACCUCUGAUUCGGUAUCAUAUUCUGGACUAGAUGACGGAAUAGGUCUGGAUGGAGCUAUAGACCACCGUGUUAUGCUCACAUAUAUGCCUAACGUUCAGUUCAGUCCAGUUUAUUUCCUUACAGAACGGCUAACUUAACGGCCGUGAUUAGGUCACGUGUUCCAAAAGAGAGCACAUUUCAAGGAUAAACGAACUGAGGACUGCCAUUUUGUUUUCUCAUAUUGAGCGUCCCGCGUUGUAGACUACAAUCGCGUAUAGCGUACGUCUCAUAGAGAUAGCGGAUGCCGCAAAUGUUGGUUGUCCAGUCACAACUAGUGCUUAACAUACCGACGUAACUUAUUCGCGAAGGUGCGGUAGUUGACUGCGACCCUUGCGAACGUCGUACGCAGCGUGGACGCGCGGUCGCAACUGUGGGAGUGCGGCCGCGCUAUGAACCUUCCAAAUUGUAAGACUCGGAUUACUGCCGUUAACGUCUCUAAGAAUAGGCGUCACCGCACGUACAUUGUCCAAUAAGGAGUCGCAUAACGACGCGUUCGUUACGCGAGUAACGCACAAUGUGACUGCUAUAUAUUAGGCGGUAGUCUGAAAGCAUAAGCCGCUCGCAAGCACCAUAGCAAAAGGUGUGCGCCGGUACGCCCGUAAAUGACGUCAUGCGCGGGAGAACAAACAAUGUGGCACGGACGCAGAGAAGUCGGAGCGUGGGUGACCGCAGACAAAGGGGGUGCAGUGGCUUGUGCGUUGUUCGCUCGCAAAGACUCGCGCAUCGGUGCUCGUUACGCAACGCGUGCGCUGACACCUUUACGGCUGUACCGUGAAAAUAACUUUCGGUUGCAUGGAAGAGGGGGAUACAGCGGCUGCGGGAAUGAAUUCAUCGAACCGGGGCGCUCUCGUAUCGUUUAUGAAAAGCUUAUAGCUGAAGUUUAGCAGUCUCAUAAAGCAACUUCAGCACUUAAAUUGCGUAACCCCUUCGGUGAAACGAUAAUAACGAUGUCACUAUACUGUCAGCAAGCAAAACGAGGGAAAAGAAUGAAGCGAUAAAGAAAUUUCACUACGUUUCGUUGUGGUCUAUGGUGCAGAUAGGUAAAUAAAAACAACGUUAAGUUCCGGUUUCAUCGGUCAAUCAAGUCGUUGCAGAUCUGUCUUUAUGGGCAAGCAAUUUGAUGCUCGCGCGAUCCACAAAGUGAUCAAAGCAAAAGCGUUAUUCCAACAAUAUUGCACUACAUUGGGAUGCGGCCGCGAUAUCGGCAAAUGUUAAUCAGGCUAGACUUCGAACGACUCUGAUGGAAUUACACGAAAACGGAACUGCAUGCGACUUCGAUGAGCGCUCACCGUCGUGUCAAUGAAUCUGCCGUAGCGCUAAUACAGGCCGAAAUAUGAUUAGCCUUGGGCCGUAUGUAUGGCCUUGUGACUCUUUCAAUUCCUACUAAUUUAUUAAAAGGAGCAAUAGAGAUCUUUGAGAAAAUUUGGCUGAAUGUAAUCAGUGAAAGCCCUCGGUCUUCCUCUGCGCGUGUCGUCCUAGUACAAUAACCUAACGUUCGAGUUGCAAAAGAGCGUACAAGCAAGACGAAACUGAAGAAAAUCGUGCGUUCAAAUAGAACGCUUUCAUUUGGCUGCUCCGGAAUUACGAUGUCCUCAUUGGGGAUAUCCAAUGCUCACCGAAUUCUGUCGGCCUUUACCGUUACGGCUAGUCGUACGUGUCCGUUGACCCGGAUUAGGGGCGUGAUAUGUACAGGGUGUCCCAGCUAUCAUGCACCAAGAUUUAAAAUAUGCAGAUGCCACGUAACUGGACAGAACCACGUAAUGUUGUUUUCUGUCACUUGGGGUGUGAGUGAGUGAGUGAGUGAGUGAGUGAGUGAGUGAGUGAGUGAGUGAGUGAGUGAGUGAGUGAGUGAGUGAGUGAGUGAGUGAGUGAGUGAGUGAGUGAGUGAGUGAGUGAGUGAGUGAGUGAGUGAGUGAGUGAGUGAGUGAGUGAGUGAGUGAGUGAGUGAGUGAGUGAGUGAGUGAGUGAGAUAGCUUUAUUUGUAAUCCGUCGAUUGGGAGGCCCUGGCCUGGGGCCGCCUAGAUGGCCACUAGGAGCUGUUGUUCCCGUACGGCCUCCAUGGCUCGCUGGACGGCCCAAAGUUCUGAGCUGAGCAGCGCGGCCGACCACCGCGUCCGUAGAUUUUCUGGGGAGACUGCCAUUUUAUCUUGAUAUAUUUAACACCCCCACAACAAGUGUUGAAGGAUGGAUCUAGCAGACUUGCAUAGAUUGCAUACAUCGCUCUCGUAUAUCUCGGAGUAUAAAGUAAUGAGUUGCACGGGAUUCGUAUAGGUUUGUGCUUGUACUCACCUCCAAUCAACGGACUCAGCUCUGUUCAAUUUAGUGGGAGGCGUUUGGAGGUACCCAGAUUUCUUUCUCUCUUUUUUUUGCAAACCGCCUGAUUACAUAAUGAGUCUUAGCUAAUUAAGAAACUUUUCAAAUAUUAUAAUUAGAUGACAAGUGUCAAUGAAAAAGAAUGCAGAGCAACAUGAAAAACUUCGGUAGACCUUUCUGUUGCUCAAUACGUGCUACAUAAAAGCGUUUUUCCGAGCGUGAAAGAACCCCACGAAUACACGCAAAGUGCCUCGAGCGGCCAGUCACUCGGCAAUUUUGCGUGUGUUCGCGGAUUCUUUAACGCUCGCGAAAACACUUUUAUGCAGCACAUAUUGAGCAUCAGAAAGCUGUAUCGCGAGUUUUUCAUGUUGCCCUACAUUUCUUCCAUUGACACUUUUCAUCUAAUUAUAAUAUUUGAGAGGGUGAUAAAUUAAUUCAAACUAGCGUAAUCACGCGGAAUGCAAGAAAAUCUGAGCGUCUCCAAGCGACGGCACACAACAUUACCUUGGUUCUGUCCAGUUACGUGGUCAUUUGCCUGCUUUCAAAUCUUGGUGCAUGAUAGUUGGGAAUCCCUGUAUAUCCUUUCUUUUUUUUUUUUCAGAGCGACUUGUAGCGCGCGUCUGCGCAAUGAAACGCAAGUUUAGCGUUAGAAUAUCCACACGAAGAAACUGCGUGAGGCUUUGAAGAUCGCUUCAGCUCCCGUUUAAGCUGGAUUCACACGACGGGCCGGGUCGACAAUUCAAUAGGUGCAACGAAACUGGGGUGCAACGAAUCGCAUCACUAUGGCGACCCGUCUGCGAUGUGAUUCGGCGGAACUAAGCCACGUCAUGCUCGUCCGCGGGAGUGGGUCCGUCGUGCGGAUCCAGCUUUAACGCAUCCUUACGAACCCCCGAGUGCCAGGUUCAGUGGAGGCGGGACCCCGCGGAAGCUUAGGACACGAAGCACAUAUUUCCAAGCGACCACGAAAAGACGCAGCGGCACGGCAUGAAUGUAGCAAAGAAAGAAGAAAAGGAAAGAAAGCGAGCGCGCGGCAUAUGCAACGGCGGAGCACAGAGAAUGUGGGUGUCGAGCUAAUCUGCGUCCCGCGACGGAAGACGAUCUACGUGACGCUGCGGCUCUCUCCCCACAAUCCCCACAAAAGGCCUCCCGACACCCUCGCCCCCCCCCCCCAUGUUCUCCCUAAUCCUCGUGCUCACACGCCACGCGUGUCAAAUGGCCGGAGGUCGCAGGUUCCAUCCUCCGGCAUCACUCCAGCCUCCGGUCCUGGUGUCAAGCCCAGCUGUUCUUUAUUUUCCGCACUGUGUGAAGGGACCCUUGGGGUACCGCUAUAACUGUUGUAUGCAUGCGACACACGCGUUGUGUACUAAUAAAAGAGCCCCGUUUAUUGCA